AACGCUCCUGAAGCAUUGCGUUAAACCGUUUCUGUUAUCCCGCUAACUCGAAUUUACUCGCCUAGCAGGCGGUGCUCGUUAUUCGCUAAGCUUGACAAGUUUACGCGCCGCGGACUAUUUGCUCGCGAAAGUAAACUACAGCAUGCCCGCUGCGAAGUACGCGUGGACCUUCCGGGAUAGUAGAAACGAAAUGAAGGUGGUCGUAGUUUCCGGUAUAUUCUCAAUCUAACACACUAGGAAUCCGGAAUCUGCAUCCGCGAGUAAGCGAUUAUAUUAUAUGCCAAAAAUAAGUCGAUGGAGUAAAGGAAUUGGUGCUGAUUUGCCAGAAGAAUAUAAAAAAUUUUGGAAAGAAUGGAAGUUGCAAGAACCGGCUGCAGUUCAUUAUAUUAAGAAGGAAGGCAUUUUUGAAAGAAAUGAAAAAACUGAAGAAGUAUAUCCAGUGCAAAAUAUACCAAUACCUGUAAUAUAUCCGAAAGAAAUGAAUGAUGGUAUAUGGGGAGGAGAAGCCAUGAUUAAGGGUUUUAAGAAAAAAGGUAUAUUUAAAAGAAGGGUUCCACAUUUUUGGUUACCAAGUCUGUUCAAGUCUGUUAUUUAUAGUGAAGUUCUUGAUACAUAUAUGAGAAUUGUUAUUACUCAGAGAGCACUCAGAUUAAUUCAUGAAAAUUAUGGAUUUGAUCAUUAUUUAUUGAAGACACCAGCUUGCGAUUUGAAAUCUCUGCUUGCUUUGAAACUAAAACGUCAGAUACUUAUCGCAUUAGCAGAUAAAACUUUGUAUCCUAAUGAUCCAAAAAAGCAUACGGAAGUAUACGCUAAGUACGAGCAAUAUCUUUCAGCUUAUACAAGAAAAGAAAUAGAAUGGUAUGGUUUAACAUACGAGGAAGCUUGUAAAAAAUGGAUGCAGUUAAAUGUAAAACAAUCACAACCUUUGAAAAUCCAAUAUAGAUCAGAAUUAAUUGCCAAACUUAAGGAAAAUAAAAUUAAAGAAGCCGAAAACGUAAAUGUUGUAUCACCAGAAGAAACGAGUUCUUGGUUAAACAAACUGAAUCCUUUCUCCAAAAGUUCGAAAACUCAAUAAGUAAAUUUCUGUUUGUUAGACAUCAUGAAAAAUGUUUUACAUCUAUUAAAUUAUUAAUUUCUUGGAGAGAAAUUAUGAAAUUUUUUUUUUUUUUUAGAGAAAUAGAGAGAAAUAUAUAUCUUUUGACAAUUAUGAAUAUUAGUACAAUGGAGAAAAUAAAGCAUUUAUUAAAACUAUCAA